AUGGCCACCGCAGCGCCGCCCAAGCCCAAGCACGACUGGGCCGACGAUGACGAUAUCGAGGAGACGACCACCGACCUGCCUCCGCCUCAGACCAUCUCCAACAAGGACGGCACCAAGACCAUCAUCACCUUCCGCUACAAUGACCAAGGUCAAAAAGUAAAGACGACCCGGCGGGUCCGCUACGUCACCCACACCGAGACGGUCAACCCUCGUGUCGCCGAUCGCAAGACUUGGAGCAAGUUUGGCCAGAGUGCAAAGGAUGGCGCCGGGCCGGCCGCCGACACGACAUCUAUCGGCGAGAACAUCAUCUUCCGGCCCAGCGUCAACUGGCGCAAGGAUGCCAAGGAUGAGAGCCAAGACCCCAACGCGCAAUCGAUGAAGGACAAGUUGAAGGACAAGCAGGUCAAGUGCCGAAUCUGCAACGGCGAGCAUUUCACGGCCAGAUGUCCCUACAAGGACACGAUGGCGCCCAUUGGCGAGAGCGGCGCUGCAGACGUGGCCGCCGGCAUGGGCGACGAGCCCUCGUACGGCGAGAGAGACGACUUUGCGACGCUGCGUGUCACCAAUGUGUCCGAGAUGGCCGAGGAGGGCGAGCUGCGGGACAUGUUCGAGCGCUUCGGACGGGUUACCAGAGUGUUCCUGGCCAAGGACCGGGAUACGGGCAUGGCCAAGGGAUUUGCCUUUAUCAGCUUCGCAGACCGCGGCGAUGCGGUCAAGGCCUGCAACAAGAUGGACGGGUAUGGCUUCAAGCAUCUCAUCCUCAGGGUUGAGUUUGCCAAAAAGGCCCAGUAG